AUGCUGCCGCCUCCCGCCGCUUCGCGCCCGCCGCCGCUGCUCUGGCCGCCCCCCGCCGCCGCCGAGCCCCCGUGGGCCUGGGUGGUCCCGGCCGCCGCGGGGCUGCUCAGGGUCGGCGCUGCCGCCGGGGCUCCCCCCCCGCCCCCGCCGCCGCUGCUGCUCCCGGCGCCGCCGCCCCCCGCCGCGCUCCUGCGGGCGGCCCCGGGCUGGCGCCUGCCCGCCGACCCGCUGCUGCCGCUGCUCGCCGCCGCCGACCAGCGCGCUGCCGGGCUGCUCCACGGACAGUGGAUAUUUGGAGCUCACUCCCCUGUCGUAGGAUUCUCACCUUCCUCCAGCGUGGAGUUUGUUCCCGUUUUCCCGCCCGUGUACACGACGGUUCCUCCUCACGCUGGGAAAAACUGGGUUGAUAAAAGGCUGCCCAACUGCAAAAUAUACCUGAAUAAUGCAUUUGCUGUGGACUCAGCCUGGAUCCAUCCUGAGGAAUCGAGAUUCUUCCAGGGAAAUGAGAAACCUCUGCUAAUGACAAAUCAAGUAGCUAUGGCUAUAGCCAGGCCAGCUGCUGCCUCCAGGCCUCUUCCCACAGUCGUGUUGGCACCUCAGCUGAUACCAGGUGGUUGCCAGAACAGCCUGAAACCGGUCGGCGGCAAUCAGGCCCUGGCGCUGGCCGCCAUGGUGUCGGUGGAGGCCGAAGUGCCGCAGGGCCUGUCGGGGCCCGGCGUCCAGCCCUGCCACGUCCUCACCUUGUCCCCCAUCAAAAUUCCCGUUCUGGCUUCGCCUUUUCCAGGUUCUGCUUCCAGAGUGGAUGCUCAUGUGGGCCCUUUGAUGCCAACACAAGUCACCCGGGUAACCGCUGUGUCCGCUCCGGCCGUGACCUUCAUGGCGACCAACUUGAUGGAUCCGACCGCAGCAGAUACCGGCAAAGAAUCGAGCAGAUCCUCGUGCCCACCAACGCUGAUUCUACAGGCGGAGAGGAAGAGCGCGCCCGCGGGCAGCGACGGCGACAAGGAUCAUUCUUUUAAACUGCUAACUGAGGAUGACAGCACAUCAAGCGGCAACAAGCCCGUGGCAUCCACGCCAGUGCCGGGAUCGCCAUGGUGUGUAGUCUGGACUGGAGAUGACCGGGUCUUCUUCUUCAACCCUACAAUGCAGCUGUCAGUGUGGGAGAAGCCGGUGGACCUGAAGCACCGUGGUGACAUCAACCGGAUCAUUGAGGAUCCUCCUCACAAGCGCAAGCUGGAAGCUGCAGCAACAGAUAAAUGUGUUAGUUCUUGUCCAGGGGAUGAAAAUGAUGAUCUUAGCGUCAAAACAAAGAGAAAUAAAACAGAAGAUUCCCAAGCUGCUGACCAGGUGAAGGCUGAAGUGGAGGAGAAGAAUGAGGAAACAUCCUCCCCUCAGGUCACACCUCCCCUGGAAGAGCGCAUCACUCACUUCCGAGACAUGCUUCUGGAGAGGGGGGUUUCAGCGUUUUCUACGUGGGAAAAGGAGUUACACAAAAUAGUGUUUGAUCCACGCUACCUUCUGCUGAAUUCAGAGGAACGUAAACAGAUAUUUGAACAGUUUGUCAAGACCAGGAUCAGAGAAGAGUACAAAGAAAAGAAAAACAAAUUGUUGUUAGCCAAAGAAGAGUUUAAAAAGCUCCUUGAAGAAUCCAAGUUAUCACCAAGAACGACGUUUAAGGAGUUCGCAGAGAAGCACGGACGGGAUCAGCGGUUUCGGCUUGUCCAGAAGAAGAAGGACCAAGAGCAUUUUUUCAAUCAGUUCAUACUUAUCCUUAAAAAGAGGGACAAAGAAAACAGGAUACGGCUACGGAAAAUGAGAUAA